AGCAUGGGCAUAAGAAAAGAAUUAAGACCGGUGAAGAAGGGGAAACGUACGUAUCUACCUCCAGCAGCCUAUACGCUAAGCAGGAAAGAGAAAAUUGCUUUGUGUAAAUUUCUUAGUGGGGUAAAAGUUCCACACGGCUACUCUUCAAAUAUUAAGAACCUUGUAUCAAUGAAAGACCUUAAGUUAAAGGGAUUGAAGACUCAUGAUUGUCAUGUUCUUAUGGAGAACUUGUUACCUGUGGCUUUACGCUCCAUUUUGCCAGAAAAAGUGCGAGAUGCCAUUACAAGAUUGUGUCUCUUCUUCAAGGCAAUUUGCAGCAAAGUGAUUGACCCUUCUAAGUUGUCAGCAUUGCAAAGACAAAUUUCUACAACUUUGUGUGAUCUUGAGAUGUACUUCCCACCUUCAUUUUUUGACAUAAUGGUUCAUCUAACCAUUCACUUGGUGAGAGAGAUACAAAUGUGCGGGCCAACUUAUAUGAGAUGGAUGUACCCUUUUGAGCGUUACAUGAAGGUUUUAAAAGGUUAUGUAAAAAACCGAAGCAGACCUGAGGGGUGUAUGGUUGAACGGUAUGUAGUCGAAGAAGCUAUUGAAUUUUGUACCGAAUACCUAUCCAAUGUUGAAUCUAUAGGGCUUCCGAAGUCUCAUCACACACGAAGUAUAGAAGGGGAAGGGCUCUUUAAAAGCGAGAUAAUAACAAUACAAGGUAAAGAAUGGCAACAAGCACACUUAUAUGUUUUGCACAAUGCAGCUGAAGUUGGGCCAUAUGUUGACAAGCACAAGGAAGUGAUUAAGGGGUUGAAUCUCAAUAGGUCUGAUAAUUGGUUAGCAAAGGAGCACAAUCGGACUUUUAUAAAAUGGCUAAAGGAUCACGUUUAUAAGGAGUGGGAAGAAGAUCCUACCUCGGUUUCAGAGAGGUUGAAAUGGUUGUCGAGGGGUCCAAGUAUGCAUGUCUUUAAUUACAACGGCUAUGUAAUUAAUGAUUAUACAUUUUACACAGAAGCCCAAGAUGAUCGGAGUACAAUGCAAAAUAGUGGGGUGACUCUUGUUGCUAGAUCUAUGCAUGUCUCUAGCGCCAAAGAUAGGAACCCCAUAUAUGCAGACAUGUCAUACUUUGGGGUGAUUCAACACAUAUGGGAGCUAGACUACACAACAUUUCAGGUUCCUGUGUUUGGUUGUAAGUGGGUUGACAAUAAUUCUGGUGUACAAAUUGAUGACUCAGGGUUCAUUCAGGUUGAUCUUAAUAGGGUGGGGUUCAAAGAUGAUCCUUUUAUUUUGGCCUCUCAAGCAGAGCAAAUAUUCUAUGUCCCUGAUCCUGCUAACAAUAAAAGGUCCAUUGUUUUAUUAUCAAAUAAAAUAAAUGUCAACAACGAGGAUGGACAAUAUGUUCAGGAAGAUAAUGCUAUUGAAGAUGACCCUUUCUUCGGGAUAUCAAAACCAAUUGACACCGAUUCAGAUGAAGAUGAUAGUUAUUAUGUUAGAGAUGAUCAUGAUGAGGGAAUUUGGAUGAAUAUAGCCUUUCAUAAUAAAAUUGAAACCACACGUAUGCGCAUAUUGAAGAAAAGGAAAAGAACUACUAAAACAAGUUAAACCAGAAAAUGGCUCCUUCAAAGCAAGAUAGUGGUGACACCGGUGUGAUUAAGUUAAUUAGGCGUGGAAGGACCAUUAUGAAAGAAGUCCGUCGUGCAACAAGUCAAGGUAUAAAAUUUGAGGUUGGUUGGGACCCGGAUGGUGUACCAAUUGAUCCCAACAAACAAAAAUUUGUCAGUUAUAUUGGUUAUCUUGCUAGGACAGACGUUCCAAUUACUUGUAAUUGGUGGCCAAAUGUUGACGAUGAAAUCAAAAACCAAAUAUGGGAAAAAGUAGAGGUUGCUUUUGAGAUUCACCCCUUGCGCAAAGACUAUGUACUUAAAGAAGCAGGUGCUUUGGCUAGAAAUUUUAGGAAAAUUCUAAGGAAAAAAAUUUUGGAUAAAGAUGGUAAUGUGAUAGAUCAUCCACCGCUGUCUUAUGACCUUGUGAUUGAUCAUGAUGUCUGGAUGGAAUUUGUUGAUCAAUAUAAAGAUGAAGAAUUCCAGAAACUAAGUGAACAGAAUAGGAAAAGAGUGUUGAAGCCUAAGUACCCUCACAAUUUAGGGCGUACGGGAUAUGCUUGCCUUCAGCAAAAGAUGUUGCAGGAGUCUGGAUCAAGCGAGACAUCCAUUCCUCGCCAUCGCUUGUGGAAGCGUGCUCGUGUGUCGAAAAAGGGCAAGAUUAAUGAGAAUGUUGAAGAAGUUUUGAGUACAUGUGAGACUCUCACACAAUCUGCAUCACAAGAGGAGUUACAUAAACGUACACCAGAUGAUAUUCUCGGUCAGGCACUAAAGGUUCCUGAGCACCCAGGUCGUGUAAGGGGUGCAACCUUUCCAAUAUGUCAGAAAACCUUCUUCAAGAAAGGUCAAAAGAAGUCAAUCCAAAAGGAGACUCCAGCAGAAGUUGCACAAUUGAUAGAUUUGGUCAAGACUUUACAGAAACAAGUUAGUAUAUUGCUACAGGAGAGGGAGAUCACCAAGGACAUAGGGGCUGUACACUACGCCAGUGGAAGAGAUAGUUGCACGCCUAACAUAUCACCUGUUGAGAUUCAUGAGGGGAAGAGGGUUGAGCAGGAGCAACUAACACCUAAUGACAUGGAUACGUUUACACCACUAACACCUAAUGACAUCCCUAUGGGUACUACAUGUUGUUCCUUGUGUUUGGAGCUGCCUUAUUGGCGCGUGGUUGCUAAGGGAAAAGUGUAUAACACACUUGGUGAUACAAUUCAUAACUGCCCACUUCCAACCGGUUAUGUAAAAGUUAGUAUUGAUGUUGCGAUUGAGGAUGAUGCAAAAUUACCGGUACCAGAUGCAUAUGAUGAUUUGAUUAGCGUCCACGACGCAAUUGGGGGUUUAGUGGCGUGGCCUAUCAACCUCAUUCAACUUGAUCACACGAAUUGUCCAUCAUCAAAAGGGAAUGAAAUGAAGGAUAAAAGCAAGGCAGAGGAGAAUGACAAAGACAAGGCGGAAGAGAAGGACAAAAAUCAGGUGAAACCAUUGAUUGUGAAAGAGAAGGUGAUGGAAACAAGAUGCACAAGGGAAUCUGUUGCAUCGCCAAAUCAACACAGGUCUCACAUUGGGAUAAGUGCCAAUCAACUUAACAGUUGUACUUUUCUCAACAUAUAUUCAGAAAAGGUUCUUAUUCAAGGGAAACAAAUUAAAAUACCAAUAGAUCAAAAAAUAUUCCAUGAUGUUUAUAUGAAGAUUGAGCAUAUUGGUCGUGAGGAAGUCCGUGAAAUCACUGGGCAUGGUGAAUUAAGUGCUUCAGCCGUUUGUGUUUAUAUGAGGUUCUUAUUUGAUCACUGUGUGGCUGAAAACUUGACUGAGAAAUUUGCCUUUUUGAGUCCUCAUCGAACGGCACAUGGGCUGACCAAUCAAAGCCAAUAUAUUUCGGAUGCAAUUAUGGCAAAUGGACACCCAAACCAAUUAUAUCUUGCACCGGUCAAUAUAGGGGCACAUUGGGUGUUGGUUGUGAUCAAUGCCACUACAGGGACCUUAUUUUACUUGGAUCCUAUACAUGGUAGUUUGAAUCAACGCAAAGUCAUGAAAGAGAUGUUUGAUAAUGCAAUGAUGAUCUACCGUGCUAAUUGCAAUGACAAGAGGAUUACAUGGUCCAAAGCCAAAUGGAAUACUAUAAAGUGCCCUGCCCAAACAAAUUAUAUAGAUUGCGGGUACUAUGUACUAAGCUUUCUAAAGGAGAUAAUUGCGCACAAAAAAUCUACAAUUCCACAAGCGUACUUCUCUGAUUGUCAAUUUGGCUUCUACGAUGAGGAUCAACUAAAUGAAAUUAAAGAAGAGUGGGCUACUUAUGUGUUAAAGAAUUUUGCCUAGUGUGGGCUAUUUGCUUUAAUUCCUUGUGAGAGUAUGGGCUACUUAUGGUAUGGAACUGCACUCCAUGUUAUUUUAGAGUAUUUGGUUCAAGCAGUGUACUGUACUGGCUAGUGUUGGCUAUUUGGUUUAAUUUCUUGUGAGAGUAUGUUCUCAACAACAAUUAGUAUUGUUUUGGACAAAUUAGUGUAAAUGUAUUGUUUUCUUAUUCAAGGUUGGAAUAUUUGAGUAAUUUGGCUAGAAUAUGUGAAUGUUGGUGAUUUUAUGCAAUUUAUUU